AGCUGCGGCAGUGAGUAUGUGUUUGACGGACCCCCGCCGCCCACGGCCCGGGACCCCUGCCUACCCUCCGUCUAGCCCGCCGGGCUGUGGAACUAGCGCGUGCCCCCUCGCCGGCCUCGAUGUCUCCCGUCCGUGCCUCACUCGUGGCAGGGCGCAGCUCCUGGUCCCUCAGCUGCGCGCCGCCCCACGCGGCCGGGCUGCGGGACUCGGAGGUCCGCGUCUCCCUGGCUCCCCAAGGGCUAAGGCCAUGAUUCUAGAGCGGCUGGGCGUCCAGGGCCUCGGUGAGGUGGCGUGUCUGCCCUUUUUAUCUCCACGCAAGGCCCCCAGUCUUGUAGGGAAGCCAGUCAGUGAAGCGCGGAGGUCCCGGCGCGCCGAGAGUCCAGUCUUUGAGGACCGAGUAGUCCUGAGCCACCUCCCGCCUCUGCUGUCAGAAGCAGCAGCUGCAGCCGUAGAAUCCAAAAUUUCGGGAGCCGUGUCCCUUUCCUCAUGUAAAACGAGCAGACUUGGACUGUGUUUACUAAGGCGCCCUUUAUCCCUCCCAUCCUGUGAGCGGACAGUUGCCUUCAACUUUUGGGAAGAGCUGCCAUUUCGGUGGAAAAGCUGUGGCUGGGAAUCAGGAGGCCUGGGUUCUAGCCGUGGCUCCCCCACGGACUCGCUGGCGAUUCCAGAAAGCUCUUAUUGAAGCUGAUUUUAAGAUUAUUUCAGAUGACACAGUUGAAUUAGAGGCUCCAUUAGUAGGGCCUUUUUAGCUCAGUGAGUAAGUUUAGCUGAGCUCGUUUCUCCAACUAUAAAACGAGAGCGUUCAAUUUAAUGACUUUUCAGGUCCCCUCAGAAGCUCUUGACUUUGUGGUUUUCUUUUUCUCUUUAAAAUUUUUUCUAGGACCGUUAGAGAAAUGACUUCGUGUUUGAGUAGUUAGGCUGUUGCAUAGAAAGACUUUUAAAUGGAUUGUGUGUAUACUUAGGAAAGCAUUAUGCUUUCAAGAGAAUCUGAGGAUGGGGAAUAAACUCAGGAAGGAUCUUAAUGAUAGUUACCAGGGUAAGAGACUGCAUGACCGAAGGAAAAGGGCUAAGGGAAAGGUGAAGGAAAUGUUUCCGGAUAGGAUUAGUUCUCAUAAUAAUCAUGUAUCUAUCCCAAGAACAUCUGGGACUUAUGUGACUAAAUUUAGCUUAUUUUUUUUCCCACCGAAAUACUGUGCUCUAUUUGUCUUUUGUGACCUUUGUUUCACACAUUUGGAUUCUCCACCCCAAUCAGAUUUGAUUCAGAGUGGCCAUCGCAUUUGAAAAAUGGACAGACAUUUUAACCCUUUAGUCAAUUGUGUUUCAACUGCCCUGUCAGGGCAGCUCACUAAGAGUAAGAAAAAUUUUACGUUGAAAGUGAAGUGUAUUCAUCACAUUCCAGUGAAAAUUGGACUGAAAAUGAGGCUGUGGAUUUGAUUUAAAUCGGCUGGAGAUGGAUGCCUAUGUCAUCAAGAAGGAACAUCUAGGGAGGCUAAAGAUGUUUUGGAAGUAAAUAAGAGCAAAAGCUCAGAAUGACCAGUAGGUAGACUGUGAGAGCAGAAGGAUUGAUUAAAGAUUGUAUUAAGUAAACGCUGAAAGCUUAAAUAAGCCUUAAGUUGUCUAGUUUAAAACAAUUCAGUCAAUGAAUACUGCUCCCUCUUUUGAAUGCUUCAAGGUUACUGACUUUUUAUGAUGUUUGGUGGCUAUGAGACUAUAGAAGCAUACGAAGAUGAUCUUUAUCGAGAUGAGUCAUCUAGUGAACUGAGUGUUGAUAGUGAGGUGGAAUUUCAACUCUAUAGCCAAAUUCAUUAUGCCCAAGAUCUUGAUGAUGUCAUCAGGAAGGAAGAACAUGAAGAAAAGAACUCUGGGAAUUCGGAAUCUUCGAGUAGUAAACCAAAUCAGAAGAAGCUAAUCGUCCUUUCAGAUAGUGAGGUCAUCCAGCUGUCAGAUGGGUCAGAGGUCAUCACUUUGUCUGAUGAAGACAGUAUUUAUAGAUGUAAAGGAAAGAAUGUUAGAGUUCAAGCACAAGAAAAUGCCCAUGGUCUGUCUUCUUCUCUUCAGUCUAAUGAGCUGGUUGAUAAGAAAUGCAAGAGUGAUAUCGAGAAGCCUAAAUCUGAAGAGAGAUCAGGUGUAAUCCGAGAGGUCAUGAUUAUAGAGGUCAGUUCAAGUGAAGAGGAAGAGAGCACCAUUUCAGAAGGUGAUAAUGUGGAAAGCUGGAUGCUACUGGGAUGUGAAGUAGAUGAUAAAGAUGAUGAUAUCCUUCUCAACCUUGUGGGAUGUGAAAACUCUGUUACUGAAGGAGAAGAUGGUAUAAACUGGUUCAUCAGUGACAAAGACAUUGAGGCCCAGAUAGCUAAUAACCGAACACCUGGAAGAUGGACCCAGCGAUACUAUUCAGCCAACAAAAACAUUAUCUGUAGAAAUUGUGACAAACGUGGCCAUUUAUCAAAAAACUGCCCCUUACCACGAAAAGUUCGUCGCUGCUUCCUGUGCUCCAGGAGAGGACAUCUCCUGUAUUCCUGUCCAGCCCCUCUUUGCGAAUACUGUCCUGUGCCUAAGAUGUUGGACCACUCAUGUCUUUUCAGACAUUCCUGGGAUAAACAGUGUGACCGAUGUCAUAUGCUAGGCCACUAUACAGAUGCUUGCACAGAAAUCUGGAGGCAGUAUCACCUAACGACCAAACCUGGACCACCCAAAAAGCCGAAGACCCCUUCAAGACCAUCAGCCUUAGCAUAUUGCUAUCACUGUGCGCAAAAAGGCCAUUAUGGACACGAAUGUCCAGAAAGAGAAGUGUAUGACCCGUCUCCAGUAUCUCCAUUCAUCUGCUACUAUGAUGACAAAUAUGAAAUUCAGGAGAGAGAAAAGAGACUAAAACAAAAAAUAAAAGUACUCAAGAAAAAUGGGGUCAUCCCAGAGCCAUCCAAGCUACCUUAUAUAAAAGCAGCAAAUGAGAACCCCCACCAUGAUAUAAGGAAGGGCCGUGCCUUGUGGAAAAGCAACAGGUGGCCUCAAGAAAACAAAGAAACACAAAAAGAAAUGAAGAACAAGAAUAGAAACUGGGAGAAGCACAGGAAGGCUGACAGACAUCGUGAAGUGGAUGAGGAUUUUCCCAGGGGCCCCAAAACCUAUUCUCCUGGCAGUUUUAAAACCCAGAAGCCUUCCAAGCCCUUUCACCAUUCAUCGCAUUACCACACGUCAAGAGAAGACAAGUCUGCCAAGGAGGGCAAGAGGGGCAAGCAGAAGAAAAAGGAGAGGUGCUUGGAAGAUGAUGACAAUGAUAACUUAUUUCUUAUUAAGCAGAGAAAAAAAAAGUCUUAAGCCGUCAGGCAGCCUCUAAUGUGGCUUUUCAUUGUUCAUUUGGCCUUUGUGUCUAUAACCUUCUGGCAUUGUGUUUAUUAUCUAUGAUUAAAUAAAGUGAGUUUUUGGUUUUGUUUUUUUAAUUUCAGCCAUUCCUAGAGUUACUGAAUAUCCAUGGAGGUCUCAAUUCUCUGUGUCCAACAGGAUAUUAGGUAAGAAAGUACAAAGAUAAACCUGGACUUCUCCUAUUCCAAUAUGUCAUCUUUACUCAGAAUCCUAGGGAUAGGUAGAAGAAUUCAUCUUUUCAAGAAAACUUUUAAAAAAUACUUUGGAAAAAAAAACUGCAUCAAAGGUAAUUCAUCCUCAACAUGAGUAUGAAAUUAAAUCCUUGCAGGACGAGAAAUUAACACUAAGAAAAAGUUAUCAGUAUUUUUCAACUUUUUUUUUUUUUUUUUUUUACAUUGGAAAGGACAAUAACUAUAAAUCUAUAUCCAGAUUUUCUUGCUGCUGAAGCUGUUGUCAGAAUCUUCCUUUGGACAAAACAUCACUAGCUGACUAUAAAAACAAAAGUGUCAUCAUUGAAGCCCUGAAGAGGCAGGGAAUUGAGCUUCAGCAAAAUACAGGUAAAUAACUAUCCAGUAUAAAUGUCAGAAGACAGAUUUCCUAAACAAGUAAAAGAGACAUCAAAAAUUUUAACAUAAUCACAAUGAAAUCAUUUUUUACCACUUUUACAGCAGCGUUUCAAGCAGACUGUCACUCAGAUCUGUAGAGAUGAAUAUUACUCAAAAAAUUGUUUUGUUCUCUUGCAUUUUUUUCAACUACUGCAAAGCUAUACAGAUUUUUUUGUACUUGUGGAUCUUUUGUACUUCUCAUAGCCUAAUGUCAGAAUAAGAAAAAUAAAAUAUCUGAAAGAGAGUAAA